CGACCAAAACCAAACAAGCCAAGCAAGCAAGCAAGCAAGCAAGCAAGACGAUGAGCGGGAACGCGGCGUGGGAGGCGGUGCGUGCUGGUGCCGUGGCGAGGUUGAGGGACAUCUUCGGCGCAGACAGGUGCGAGAGGCAUGUGGUCAUCCACAAGGACGCCAUUGCCGCGUUCAAUGCCGUUGGCGGCUUCAAAACGCUCAAGGGCAUGGGCAUAGAGAAGCUAUACUAUAUGCAGAGCACGCCACCGCGGCUGCAGAACCCAGAGAGCAAGCUCUACUAUGCAUGCCGUUCGCAACCUGAGGAGUACGAGCUCGUUGCACGUCAUGUGCAGCUGCUGUCAGAGGUGGUGGGUCACCACUUUGACAUCACGCUCAUCACCAUUCCACAAAGGGAUGCCCUGUGCGAAUCCAUCCUCGAGGAAAACGGCGUGCACGGUCUCGUGACAGUCGCGGCGCUGCCACUGUACUUUUUGCAGAUUGACAAUGAUUUGUUCAGCAUGGACGCCCCUGUGCCAAGCCGGCAGCUGUGCAUCCACAACGACACAGCAAUACUGCCACAGGUGGCAUGUGGGCUGCGACACCUCUCCCAACACAUGCGCGCGUCGUGGUCGCGUGUUGUCUGUGCAGGCCACGCUGCCGCUGACGUGUACACGCUCAUGAGGGAAUUCGACAAGCAAGACCGGCGCCAGGCCCACAGCGGCGACAAUGGUGACAAUGGCGACAACACUUCACCGUACACACUCCUCCUCUUCGAUCGCCGCGUCGACAUGGUCACACCCUUGUGCUCACAGCUCACGUACGCUGGCAUGUUGAGCGAAACCGUCCCCGUCACUUGCGGCACAUGCGAAGUGCCGACGCCUCCUGCAUCGUCGUCAGCGGGAGAUGCCAGCAGCGAGAAGGAUGCCCCGCGCAAACUGCAGCUCUCUGCGGAGCAGGAUCACGUGUACGCCAAGCUCCGCGAUGUGAACUUCUCCAACGUCGCCCCCAUCCUCAAAUCGUUUUCCAAACAGAUGACCAAGUCCUUUGAUGAACGCAACACAAAUGACUUGACUCAGCUAGCGUCAUUCGUGAAGCGCCUGCCAGCACUUCAGGGGCAGAGCCGGUCCCUCGCGGCUCAUGUGGACAUGUCAGUGCACAUCAACCGCAUCAAGAGCACAGACGUCGUUACAGAGAUGUUGGAAGCAGAGCUGUCCCUUGUCAUGGGUCAUGGCAAGCAACUUGCAAUUGAGUUUAUCCAAGAAUUGAUUUGUCGGCAGUUCAAUGUCAACGCCGUCCUGCGACUCCUCCUCCUUCUCAGAAUCACAAACGUUGUGUCUGACAAAGCGUGGGCUGGACUGAAGCAGAUGACCCUACAUGCCUACGGGUACAAGUUCUUGCCGGCGUUCUCGGCGAUGGAGUCUGUGACCGACUCAAGCGCGGUGAACGCACACGUGCUGACGCAGCUGAGGAAGCGGCUGUCACUCGCCGUGAGUGAAGACGACGCGCCAGACCAGGUGCUCUUUGGCAUGCACCCACUAUCGUCCCGUUUCAUGGCAACGCUGGCAUCUGCACAACACGACAGCGACCUUGCAGAUCUCCAACUCUGGUUUGGUGCAGACACCCCCUUCGCAGUCCACACAGACUUGCCGUCGGCAGCGGACGCGUCACAGAAACCGAGCAACGACGUGGUUGUCUGUUUCCUGGGUGGAACCACGCACGCGGAGCUGACAAGCAUGCGCUCUCGCCUCAAGGCUGGGGACUUCAACCCCAUCUUCCUCACAACAGAUGUGCUGACGGGUGACGGCCUUAUGAAAGGAUUGUAUUCACAGUUUACGUAG